GCUUAUCCUUCACCUCCGUCUGUCAACACCGCUCCGGCAGCAAUGGCGACGGUGUCGGCGAUUUCUCUCUCCGUCCUCUUCCUGUUGUCUCUGUCCGCCGCCGUACACGGCCACAACAUCACCCGCAUCCUCGCCAAACACCCUGAAUUUUCCACUUUCAACCACUACCUCACCAUCACUCACCUCGCAAAUGAAAUUAACCGCCGACAGACCAUCACCGUUUGCGCCGUCGACAAUGCGGCAAUGUCGUCGUUGAUUUCCAAAGGUCUGUCGAUUCAGACUAUAAAAAAUGUUCUCUCUCUCCAUGUCUUCGCUGACUACUUCGGCUCCAAAAAGCUCCACCAGGUCACGAAAGGCUCAACCUCCACCGCCACUAUGUAUCAGGCCACCGGUGAAGCUCCAGGAACCGCCGGUUACGUUCAUAUCACCGACGUCAAAGGCGGUAAAGUUAGAUUCACUCCCGAAGACAAUCCGAGUCAAAAAGAUACCGUUUAUGUCAAGUCUGUUUUGGAGAUGCCUUACAACAUCUCCGUCAUUCAGAUCAGUGCGAUUCUACAGUCGCCGGAGGCGGAGGCUCCGACUGCUGCUCCAGAUCUGAACUUAACUUCGUUGUUACAACGAGACGGUUGUCAAGCGUUUCACGAUCUGUUAACUUCUUCUGGAGCAAUCGGAACGUUUUUAAGCAGUGCCGACGGCGGAGUAACUGUGUUUUGUCCAGGAGACGACGCUAUUGCUGCAUUCGCACCAAAAUACAAGAACCUGACGGCGUCGGAGAAGAUAUCGUUGUUGCUUUAUCACGGUGUUCCGGUUUACAAUUCCAUGGGAAUGCUCAGAUCUAGCAACGGACUGAUGAACACUUUAGCGACGGAAGGAGCUAAAAAGAAGUAUGACUUCACAGUACAAAACGACGGCAACGAUGUGACAUUGAAGACGAAAGUGACGACGGCGACGAUAAGCGGAACGGUGGUUGACGAUGAGCCCAUCGCAAUUUACACAAUCGACAAGGUUUUGAUGCCUCGAGAGCUGUUUAAAGGUGUGGUGGAGGCGGACGAGCCGGCACCUGCACCAAAGGCUGCGAAGAAGAAGAAGAAGGCGGCGAAGAAGGGCGAAACGACGGAGGACGAUGCGGAGGCUCCAGGACCAGACUCUUCCGACGAUUACUCCGACGAUGAUGCGGCGGAUCAGACGGCAAGUGGUGGUGGAAGGUUGGUGGCGUCGGUGGUCAUGGCGAUCUGUUUUUCGUGGUUGGCUUUCGCUUGAUUUUUUUUUUUUUUUUUUCCAUUUUUGUGUCGGUGUGAUAAUGUGACAGCAGGUAUCAUGGGUUUCCCACGAGAAUACGAUUUCUCUUUUUUUUUUUUUUUUAAUUUAUGAUUAAAAGAUUUUUAUU